CAAGCGUUACAGCAAUUACCCCCUACGUCACGUCCGCCCUCUGGUUUUCUCGGAAGUACACCAAAAUAAAACAGCUGGAAAGAUGCUUCGCCUCACUGCAGAAGCCCAGCUGUUCGAUAAAGCCUGACAUUUGUUCCUCCUGGCUGUGUUUUCCUGGUUGUCGUCCCUUCGGCAGGAUGUCUUUCCCGGCCUCUUUCGGCUCGCAGCUCGCAGCCAUCAUGGACGUGCUGGCGAAGGCUGCGGUCGCAGAAAUAACGAAGCUGGUGGAGGACGGGACCGUGGUGCUGCGCCUGGAGAUGUGUCGGAGGGACGGUGAGAUCCAGGAGCUCAAAAGAAGUUUGAAGCUGAUGGAGGUUGAACUCUGCAAAGCUCAGGAAGCAGCCGCGAGUCGAGCCGCGAAGGACGCACAGGAGCAAACAGCAGCCGGGAGUCAGGUCCUCCAGAAAGAUGAAAAAGAAGACCAGGAAACGUGCUCCGUGUAUCUUGAACCAGAGACCGCUGAUUCAGUCUGUGAACCUCGACAUGAAACACAGGAGAGCCGUGACGUGAGGCCAACGGUGAAACACGAGCCGGCGGAUGAACUUGCCACCCAGGAAACAACGGACAACACUUCAACAGCAGACGUUUGCUUUGAGGCGAGAGAACGAGGCGACCCGAUCUGGCCUCCUCCCGCUUGUAGCAUGUUUGAAAAAAGCUCUGUUGCAAUGCAGCAGUGCAUACAGAUUAUCCCCCCUCACGUGGAGCAAUAUGCUGCUCAUAGAAACACAGAAAGUUCCUUUAACGCUUCAUCAACUGACGCAGAGGGGACGGCAGAUGAUUCCUUAAGUGUGCCCAUAAAAAUAGAGGUGGACAUUCGACCUAUGUGCAUGGAAAGCACCACUUCAGAGUCUGGUCACGACGAACAGUUCAGACACGCUUCGCACCCUGCAGUCAGUCAGGACCGGUGCUUGCAGUCUGCUUCUCAACAGGCCGGGCCCUCGCUAGCCCCGCCUCAUGCGCAGAGGUCUAAUGCAGGAACGUUUGGACCAAACACGGAAGACCACAUCCUCAGUAGACACAGCCUGAGAGCAAAAAGGCUAAUGAAUGUUUGGAGAGCGAAUCAGAAACUGUUCAUCUGCACGGUCUGCAACAGGGGCUUCCCCCGCUUGUCUCAGCUGGAAGAGCACAGGGCCACCCACCAACCCUUUAAACCCUUCAGGUGCCUCGAAUGCGGGAAAUCUUUCACUCAGAAGACCCGGCUGAAGACGCACCAGAGCGUGCACACGGGCGAGAGGCCGUUUAGUUGUAAAAUCUGCGGCAAGAUGUUUUCGAGGCAGGACAACUGCCUGAGACACGAGCGGUUCCACAGCGGGCUGAAGCCGUACAGCUGUGGACAGUGUGGUAAAAGCUUCACUGUGCUGGGUAACCUCAAAAUACAUCAAGAGAUUCACCUGCAGGGAAGAUAGCGCUCAGAUGCUGGGGCUCUGACUGAGAGAAUUUGCAAAAGCACUUAGUUAUCUCGCCAGUGAACUUUGACAGUUUUAAUGCAUCGGAUGCCACCAUAAACUGUCUACAUGGCAGGAUUGUUCAAACCAUGGGUUGCAACCACUCUACUGCAUGUGUCGGACAUACAGACUCGUUUUCAGACAUACCAGUUUAUUUUUCUCUCAGUGACGAUGAGGCAAUGCAUCUGUUUAUUCUUUAUCAUUGUAAUGGAAGUGUGGGAUUUAUUAAUUACUGUAAAUGAAAACAGUGCAUUUACAGUUUAUAAAAAAAGCUACAAACUGCCAAAUGAGAUUGCCAGUUUCAUUUUGACUUUCCAUUAAUUUCACUUAACAAUUUCACUUUGAUUAACAGGUUUUCUGUACCUAAAAAAGGAGUGGGCAAUAUGGAUCAAAUCCACAAUUAUAAUAUAUGUACGUUUAUAAUGCGAUAUUGAUGUAUAUUGUGGUAUACUACAUUUUAUAGAAAGUCUAUUGUCUGUUUUUGCCUAAUCUAGCAAAGAAAUACUUGAUUGAUUGCAAAGUAAGUUAAAAUUAAGUAAGUUAAGUUAAAAAAGCCAUAAAGCAAUGCUGCUUAUUGAUUUAAUACCCACAGUGGUCGAAUAUAUUGGUCCUGAUAUGGUACAUGAGGUGUGUGACCUCCCUCUAGUGGUACGUGGAGGAAAUUCUAAAAGAGUAAAAAGUUAAAUUAAUUUAAAAACAUAUAAAAAUAAUACAACAUUUUGAAUGAAGAUACUUAAACUAGGAGGAUCACUGAAAUGUAGUUUAAAGUAAGAUUUGCCUUUCCUGUAAUGUUGUUGUCUCAAUAUCUGCCUGCGAUGUAAUGACGUUCAUGCACGCGGAGUCCGUGAUUACACCUUGUGGUGCAUGAGAGUUGUGUGGAAGAGUUUAAGUGCCAGUGGUAGUGAACCCCCCUUCAGCAGUCAACGAGUGUAUUUUUACAUCAGUGUUAAUGGUGGCAGUGGUUGCCUUAUAUUUUCUGAGAAGAUUUGCAGUGUAAAACGUUUGACAAACUCUGGUGUAAUACCUCUACAAGGUGUUACAAGAUGAAUGUAAGUCAUUAGAUGAGUUUAACCUCUUGAGCCUUGAAGUUAAACACUUUUGGAACUAGAGUGACACAAGUAGAUAUAGCUCGUAGGAAUAAAAAGGUUGUGAAUCAUUGGUCUAAUACACAGAGAUAUUAAAGAGAAUUACUGAUGAAUGACAAAUUUAUAUUUUCUACUUAUGUUGUCAUAUCGCCCAGCCACACCCUCAAUGCAUACCUUUUGUAAUUUGAUUCUCUGGGUUCAUGUUACCUUAUGUACAAAGACAACAGGUAUCAGAUCAGUACUUGUGUCAGCAGAUAUCCUCACUUCAGGUGCCUUGGAAAGUUUCUGGUAUCCUCUCCCUAACUGGCACUUUUGUAAUAUUCCUUUGUCUUCAUAAUGUUGAAUCAUCCAGAUACAGACUGUGUAUUUAAUCUAAAAUUACUUGUCACACCUUGAUUACACACAAGUGAUGUUUAUUUAACAUGUGGCCUUUUUAUAGACAGUUGGGUGAACCGGUGAGGAUCUAGUGUGUCAAAGUAAUGGUGAUGUGGAAGUGGGAGAGGGUGUGUGCCUAUGCAAUAAUUUAUCGUUUAAUAUUUCUAUUAAAUUUAAAUCUAUCUUAUUUGUUUUCUCGUGACGUUAAAAUAUGUUAAUGUUCCCAAUUUGUGUUAUUUCCAUUUUGUCUUAAAGGUUUCAAAUUUCUAUAAAUACUUUACAAUAAGUGUAAAUAUGAGUAUAAUAGAUGCCUACUUGUUUUUUCUCUAUAAUUUUUUUUUACAUUUUUAUUUUUGUUUCAAUUAUAAUCUGUCUAUAUUAUAACUUAAUGAAUAUGGAUUUAUUAAAUAAAUAAUAUUUUGUUGGGGGGAAAAGGGACUUAAAGUAAAUUGUAUAACUUUGAUUUAUAGGCUGCUGCUGCUUGGCUUAUUUCCUGCACGUUUUUAACUGGUGCGAUGUCUGUAUGUUUGCUGGUUACAGAUCCCCUCCAGACAUAUUAAAACGUAGUUUAAAUAGUUUGCUUGAAACAGUAAUGUUUGUCUGAUAUGUUUUUUCUGCAAAAAUAGUAUAA